AUGGGAAAUUAAUGUGCUUCUCAGUGUUAAUGCCAAUAAUAAUUAAAGGAAUAAGUAGCAACUGAAAUUAUUGUAUGACUCCUUUUAAUUUUAGAUUGCAAAAUCUGAUCCAAACAGUUUGAAAAGUAGAAAGUCAAGUUCUAAAUAAAGCAUUAAACAAACUUAUGCUAAAACUUAAUAAAAAGAAGCCAAAAAGGAGACUGAAACAGAAGAACUCUAAAACAAAGUAUAAAAACAAAAUAAGGCAGCCAUCAAGAUUCAAAAAAUUUGGAGAGGUUAUUUGGUUAGAAAGAAGAUAACCUUAAAAAAUUCUGUCAAACGAGAUACUAAAAAAAAUUAUCUAAAAGAACAAGUUGAACCAGUUACUCUCCCUAAAAAUUCUUCUUCUGUUGAAUUAGAAACACGGCCUGCUUACAAAUUUAAAAGUGGAGCAGUAUAUGAAGGCUAAUGGAGAGGUACACAGAGAGAAGGGAUUGGAACUCAAACUUGGGCUGACGGUGCUAAAUAUGUUGGAGAAUGGAAGUAAAGCCACGCAAAUGGUAAAGGGAAGUUUUAUCAUAUUGAUGGAGACACUUUCGAUGGUUAUUGGGAAAACGAUAAAGCUAAUGGAUAUGGGGUUUAUACACAUGCUAAUGGGUCUAAAUAUGAAGGGGAUUGGAAAAAUGAUUUAUAACAUGGUCCUGGAGUAGAAACUUGGUUUGAUGGCUCAAAGUAUUAAGGAGUUUAUUUUGAAGGUAAGAAGUAGGGGAAAGGAAAAUAUGAUUGGCCAGAUGGAUCCUAUUAUGAUGGGGAUUGGUAUGAUAAUAAAAUUACAGGAUUUGGCACGUAUAUUUGGGCUGAUGGAAGGGGAUAUACUGGUUAAUGGUUGAAUAAUUGUAUGCAUGGAAAAGGAAUAUAUACCUGGAAGGACGGCAGAAAAUAUGAUGGAGAAUACAAAUAAGAUCGUAAGGAUGGGUUUGGUACAUACACAUGGGCUGAUGGGAAGAAAUAUGAAGGGCAAUGGUAGGAUGGAAAAUAACAUGGCAAAGGUAAAUACUUAUUCCCUGAUGGAAUGGUUAAGGAAGGAAUUUGGAAGGAUGGAAAAAAAGUCAAAGCUUUAGAUAUCACAAGUGCUCUUUGA